CAGCGCUGAAAGGUCAGUUUCAGGCCGCCAUUUUGAUCACGGACAAGAAUCCUUUGUUUCCAGUCUGGCCGUUUUUAAGACAAUUCUACACAUUAGCAGUCAAUCAGCACCACCAAACCAACCGAAAGGGUCAAGAGAAGUGGCGAGGUUGCUAUGGACGAUCUGCCAACUGUACAUGCAGGGGACGAGACAGGCAGCAUCAAGAAAUUAUACUCGGGAAGGCAGCAGAACAAUGAAGGGGACAUCCCACGCGAGGAAACGUGCGGAGUAGAAUCCGACCAUCCUCCCGCACAGCGUCGAACAGAGCACACGGACAGGUUUGCGGUGAAACGUACUGUGGACAGACGAUUCGAGUGUACGGAAUGUGACUAUAGAGCAGCCAAAAAAUAUUGUCUAGUAAUACACACAAGAAUACAUACAGGCGAAAAACCCUAUAAAUGUGGCCAGUGCGACUACUGUGCUAGGCAGAAAAGUAGUUUAGACCUUCAUCGCACUACUAAGCACAGCGGAGAAAAGCCAUUAAUGUGUGACGAGUGCGAAUACAGGACUGCCGAUAGGUCUAACCUAUCAGUGCAUAUGAGACUGCAUACAGGCGACAAACCGUAUAAGUGUGACCAGUGCGAUUAUUCUACUGCGCGGAAGGGAAACUUAGACCGACAUAUGGCUAAACACACCGGAGAAAAACCUUAUAGUUGUAGAGAGUGCGGGUACAGGACGGCUGACAGAUCUUCCAUAGCGGUACAUUUGAGAAAACAUACAGGUGAGAAACCUUAUAAAUGUGACCAGUGCGACUAUUCUGCUGCAAAGAAAGACAAUUUAGACCGACACAUGGCUACGCACUCCGUAGAAAAGCCCUACAUGUGUGGUGGGUGCGGAUACAGAACGGGCAACAGGUCUCACCUAAACCGCCAUAUGAGCAGACAUGCAAGUGUGAAACCUUAUAAAUGUGAUAAAUGCCACUUUUCUACUAAAUGGAAAGACUAUCUAAAGAAACACUCGUUAAAACAUACGUCUUAGGGAUACAGUUGACACUUGCUAAUACGGGACCCUCGGCAUCUAUAACAUCCGGAUACAUGCAAAAAUUGCAGGUGAAUACUUCAACACAGGUCUAAUCAGUGCGAAUAUUUUGUUUCAUGAAGAUGUAAUUUAGACGUACACAGGGUGAAACAGACUGCUAAAUCAUAGUGGUCCUUCUGCAUUGUGAGAUAUACAA